UCUAUUAAUAACCUCAACCCUUCUACCUACCACGGGACCCCCAUGCCUGUUUCCUGCCUCAGCAGAGCGAGCCCAGAUAAAUGCAAAACACCCAGAGAGACAGCAACAGUAAAUACCAACAGAGCAGCAGCAGCAGCAACAGAGGAGACGAGACGCUGAAACACAGAAACUCCAGCUAGCACAAACAAAAAAAAAAAAAACGGGGAUUAAAAAACCAAAAACAUGAAGUCCCUGCGAUUUCUUGCUGCUGAGGGCUUCAUUCAGACUGGUCCAAGGGCUCUGGAAAACCUCACCUGUGUGUCUUUUAACCUCUACCCACUUCUCUUCAAGGCCUGCUACCUUCACGAGCAGGCCGAGGUGCUGCAUGCUUUGGUCCAGACGUGGCCUCUUCCUGAGCUCAACCUACAAAGACUCCUGGGAAGGACAGCUGACUGUCAGUUUGACCUCACCUCCCGCACCUGCCGGCUUUGUUUGGAAGCAAUUCUUACCGGCCUAAAGGAUUACGUGCUGUCUCCUCCCAGAACAUAUGCCAAGAGCCUGCACACAGUGGAUCUUACUGCCCUUAAGGACAUUGAGCAUCAGGCUUGCCCUUGUAGGUCCACCCUGGGUCGAUGGGCAAGAACCCAGCUCCUGACCCAACUGUGCUAUGAGACCAUGGUGGCCAUGCAAACAAGAGACGUGUCCCAAUCUGCUUUUGAAACAUCUAUUGAUAUCCGUCUGAACGGCUUCAUCACAGGCCGCAACUAUGAGCUGGUAGCUCAAGCCUUCCUGCUCCUCCGUUACUGUCCUCUGAAGCUUCGCUUUGUUAGUUUUAGGGCGGAUUCUCUCACUCUCAAGCAGCUGUUCUAUGUUCUUCGCCUAGCAGAGCCAGAGUCCAUCACAAAGCUGGAGGUGGUCCACAAUAUUCCUCUGGAGGCCACACACCUCGAGGUGCUGCUGUCCAAGGUGGAAUUCCCCAAAUUACAGUCUCUGACCCUGCCCGCCGGGGCAUUGGAUGUCAGGAGGCUCGGCUCUGAUGAUGAGGAUCUAUUGGCCACCAUUGGUAAUCUGUUGGCACAGCUGAGCAGCCUCACUGAGCUCUAUGUUGGUUUUUCUACUCUCACUGGACACCUACGGAGACUGCUAAAUCCUCUCAACACACCUCUACAGUGCUUGGAGUUGGCCAACUGCUGCCUGAACCGUGUGGACAUGACCUACCUGGCCAACAGCCUCCACAGUGAGACCCUGGUUCACCUGGACAUCAGCGGACAUGACAUUUUUGGCUCUUUCUCCACCCCUGCACACAAACUGCUCAGCCGGUGUUCAGCUACUCUGGCGAGAUUGACCCUUGAGGAAUGCAACAUAAAGGAUGAGCACAUGGACGCCUUCACUAAUGCUCUGGCUUGCUGUCAAGGACUGGAGGAGCUCAGACUUAUGGGGAACCCUCUUACCUCUGUUGCCCUGCUUAGGUUAUUCUCCACUCUAUCUGCAGGAUUUCCCAAGUUAAGGUAUAUAGAGGCUCCUGUACCCCGCGAAUGUUACACAGAUGAUGUCACGUAUCCUCUCGAUGAUUCAGUCUUGCUGCAUUACAACAGGGAGCUGUUUCAGGAGAUCAGGAGCCAGCUGAUGGGCAUCCUGGAAAGAGCUGGUAGAGAGAGGGUGGAAGUGUGCACCCCUGUCAUGGGGGCCUACGAUCCAGACAUCAAUGAAACCAGCAAUGAGCUGGGGGUGUACAUGCUCAAGUCUUUUAACGCUGUCAUUGAGACUUUUAUAGAUAACAUAACUGAUGUGGACAACAGGAGAUCACAGACUUGGAAAGACAGUUAAUGAGUUUUACUGUGCCCGACAGAAAAGGGUCCUGAGCUCAGUUUGUACAUAAUCACAGACAUCUGUGAACAGUGAAGUUACAGAAAUAUUCAUCAGAUGUUGCGAGUACCACUUGUAGAUCAUUUGUUGCCUUAAAGGCUAUAACUAAUUGCUGUGUGAUGUGGUAAACUGUAAACACUAGAAAGCUGCUUGAUUAAAGGCCAACACUGUGAAAAUAGAUUUAACUAUAGUUAAUACAGGAAUUACGUUAGUGUCAACAAUGGCUAGCAGUUUUUCCAGCACUUCCUACAGUAUAGGAACCAGACAUGCAG